GCACCACAGUUUGAGAUGAGGAAUUCAGAAGAACAAGCAGCUACGACAGUUUUACAACGCCUGCUGCAGGAGCAGCUCAGAUACGGAAACCCAAAUGACAACCGUAACCUUCUUGCCUUACACCAGCAAGCCACAGGAAAUGCCCCCCCUUUCAACAGCACUGGGAGUCCAGCAUCUCAGAAUGAAGGGCUGAGCUCCCAGGACCACCAGCUUGUGACUCAUGCUGCCCGUCAGGAGCCCCAGGGCCAGGAGAUACAGGUGGACAACAGCAUCAUGGAGAAGCAGCUCUCCCCGCGACUUCAGAACAGCGAGGAUCUCCCAACCUAUGAGGAAGCCAAAGUCCAGUCACAGUAUUUCAGGGGCCAGCCACAUGCUAGUGUUGGGGCAGCGUUUUAUGUAACAGGGGUCACCAACCAAAAAAUGAGGACUGAAGGGCGGCCCACGGUUCAGCGGGUGAGCCCGGGGAAGGUCCAUCAGGAUGAAGGACUUAAGGACCUCAAGCAAGGGCAUGUCCGCUCCUUGAGCGAGAGGCUGAUGCAGCUGUCCUUGGCCACCAGUGGUGUCAAGGCCCACGCGCCUGUCACGAGCGCGCCGCUCUCCCCCCUCUCUCCGCUUUCACCUCAGCAGUCCAGCGACCCUUACAAAAAUUCUGGCUCCAAUGAGUUCUACAAGAACUCAGUACAGCCCCCUUCCCAGCCCAACAUGAAAGGAAUGGAGCAGCGGGGUCCUCCUCCGGAGUAUCCUUACAAAAAUGUGUCCACCCCAUCUAUGAACUGCAAACCUCAGGACUCGGGGCAUUUCUAUAGUGAUCAUCGCAUGAGCCAGCAGGGAAGAUCGGAUGGGCCUAUGAUGAGGUAUCAGCAUCCCCCUGAGUAUGGGUCAGUCAGGCAGAACCCAGAUGUACAGCUGCAGUUACAACAGAGACCACCUCACCACCACAGCCCAACUUCUUCCUUGACAUCCCUGGGAUCUUUGACUUUGCUUCAGUCUCCACCACCAUCCAGGUUGUCCCCUUCCCAGCACCAGCAACCUUUGACUCCAAGCCAGGGAGAUCCUGGCCUUCUGCCACGGACCCAGCAGCCAUUCUUGUCCAACCAAGUCCAUCAGGGAGAUUUGUACCGACUAUGCCAGCCCUUCCUAGGCCCGCAGCAGCAGCAGCAAGGCGAUUCCUAUUCAGUAAUGUCCCGGGCUCAGCAGAUACCUUCUCCAUAUCAGCAGAUGCCAGUAGAUCCUUUUGCCAUAGUUUCCAGGGCCCAGCAGAUGGUGGAAAUCCUGUCGGAAGAGAAUCGAUCUCUACGGCAGGAGCUGGAUGGUUGUUAUGAGAAAGUGGCCCGGCUGCAGAAGCUGGAAACAGAAAUUCAGCAAGUUUCAGAGGCAUACAAAAACCUGGAGAAAUCAUCCUCUAAGCGGGAUGCCCUGGAAAAGGCCAUGAGAAACAAGCUGGAAGGAGAAAUUCGUAGGCUUCAUGAUUUCAACAGGGAUCUACGAGAACGUAUGGAGACAGCCAACAAGCAGCUUGCUGAGAAGGAAUUUGAAGGCUCUGAAGACAAUCGGAAAACCAUCUCUCAGCUCUUUGCACAAAACAAGGAAACGCAGCGGGAAAAAGAGAAACUGGAAAUAGAAUUGGCUGCUGCACGCUCCACCAAUGAGGACCAACGGAGACACAUCGAGAUCCGAGACCAGGCCUUGAACAAUGCUCAGGCCAAGGUUGUGAAACUGGAGGAGGAGCUCAAAAAGAAGCAGGUCUAUGUUGAGAAGGUGGAGAAGAUGCAGCAGGCCUUGGUUCAGCUGCAGGCAGCAUGUGAGAAACGGGAGCAGCUGGAACACAGGCUGAGGACCCGGCUGGAGAGAGAACUGGAAUCUCUCCGGAUGCAGCAGCGUCAGGGUACAUCUCAGGCUGCCAACGUCGCAGAGUACAAUGCCACAGCCCUUAUGGAACUCCUGCGUGAGAAAGAGGAAAGGAUUCUUGCUCUGGAAGCUGACAUGACCAAGUGGGAACAGAAAUACCUGGAGGAGAGUGUGAUGAGACAGUUUGCUUUGGAUGCAGCUGCAACUGUGGCUGCUCAGAGGGACACAACAGUGAUCAACCACUCGCCUAACCCUAGUUACGACACUUCGCUGGAAGCUCGCAUUCAGAAGGAAGAGGAAGAGAUCUUGCUUGCCAACAGAAGAUGUCUUGAUAUGGAGGGAAGGAUUAAGACUCUGCAUGCUCAGAUCAUUGAGAAGGAUGCCAUGAUCAAAGUCCUGCAGCAGCGCUCCCGGAAGGAGCCUGGUAAGACAGACCAGCUCUCCUCCAUGAGACCGGCCAAGUCCCUCAUGUCCAUCUCAAAUGCUGGCUCUGGCUUGCUGUCCCACUCAUCCACACUGAGCAGCACUCCCAUCCUGGAGGAGAAGAGGGAGGACAAGAGCUGGAAAGGCAGCCUAGGUGUUCUACUGGGAACAGAAUAUCGCUCCGAAUCCAUUCCCUCCACCCCCUCUCCUGUCCUUCCUUCCACCCCAUUGUUGUCAGCCCACUCAAAAACAGGCAGCAGAGACUGCAGCACCCAAACUGACCGGGGGAGUGAACAAAGCAAAGCUACACCUUCCACUGCAGCUCCCACACCAGGACGACUUCCCAGUACCAAUCUGGCCUACAGUGCAGACAAAACAGAUGGACCACUCUUCCACUCCAGCACUCUGGAAAGAAAAGCUCCUGUUCAGGCCAUGGGGCAGGACCUCCCAGAUGGAGAGAUGGUAGAAUACCUCAUCUGA